GCCAAGCUCCCUGCGGAAAGGCCGAGAAGGGAAGCUGGGAUGGAGCUGCAAUUAUCAUUUCCCACUGACCUGCCCUUGCUUAUAAGGGAAACAUUGGAAAGACCAGGGAACUUAACCUUUCCAUUUCAGUUUGACGGUUUCUGCCUGCUGUUGUCGAGCCACAACUUGCUUUGCUUAUUGCUGGUCCUUUAACCAUUUUUUACUCUAGCAGUAACAGACUAUUGUGAGUAUUUAUCAAUUUGAGUUCUUUAAAAGAAACGAGAAUAGAAAAUGUUUGCAAACGGCUUCUUGUUGUAUCUGAUUGAACAGGUGAACAUGGGAUUACUGUGUUUGGCUGCGUCUAGUUGCCUUCUCCUAGCAUAACUGUUAUUGAUACUAACUAUCUAUGUAUUGGUUGGCCAUCCCACCGUGUGCUUUAGUUUACUUUGCAUCCUUUUUGUACCUCAAACUGCAAUACACUUAGCACCAGCCCUCUGCCUCUCGUCUUCUGCCCUUUAGUGUUACCUUAAUGGUUAUUUUAUCCCUUGGGGUGCUUCGGUUUGGAUUUGUUUAAAUUUCCGCAAAUGUCUUCUUUCCUUUUCACGUGCAUCAGACGUUGUGACACUAUGUUUUAAAUGGUUUGACUAGCUUGUUCCUUUCCCAAACUCCUGCAGGGUAGGAGAAAAGGGACUUUUAUUAUGUGUCUUUAAUUUUUAACUAUAGUAGCUUCUCUGUUCUUGUACUAUAUACUCAUUGGGAGACAGGUUAAAAAUCAUGUUCUGUCAGUACUGUUUGCAGUGCUGUAUUGGUUUGGAUAAGGUGUUUUAACAGUGUGCAGUUUGAGCUAAUUUUGUUUCACGGUUCUCCAUACCAAUUCUGCAAGAGAUAUUGCUAAGUUUAUUUAUAGGUUUUUUUGGCUGAUUUCUGGUUCUUUUGGUCGCAGGCUGGAGAGCUUUAGGUUCUCACAAGUUCCAGGCUGUCCUUCUUUGUGACAACAACAUAAUGCUGUUUCUCCGCCGCCAACGCCACAUUUUUUGUUUCAGGCGUCACAUAUCUUCUGCUUCUACCUCUGCUAAAAGCACCAAUGAGACUCCCAUUAUAUACCGAAGCCCAGAACUCAGCAGUGAAAAUGAUGCCAUAACUCUGCAGCUCCUCUCCUGGGGCAGAGGUGCCUCUGGUCAGCUUGGUGGUGGAAUCGAAGAAAUUCGACUCUACCCUGCUGCUGUAGCAAACCUUCAUGUAUUGAGUUCCUCCUUCAGUUUUUCUCCAACCCCAGGACAGUUGCUUAAGUCCAGGCUUGAUAUCCAAAACAACGCUAAACAAAUUACUGAAAUUGGCAUUUCUUGUGGCUUAUUCCAUUCAGCUUUGCUUGUGGAUGGUAAGUUGUGGAUUUGGGGUAAAGGUGAUGGUGGCCGUCUUGGCCUUGGCCAUGAAAAUAUUGCAUUUGUUCCAACUCUGAACCCUUACUUGGAUGCCAUUCGCUCCAUUGCUUUGGGUGGAGUUCACUCUGUUGCCCUCACUUCCUCUGGUGAAAUUUUUACAUGGGGCUAUGGUGGGUUUGGCGCAUUGGGGCAUUCUGUUUAUCAUAGAGAGUUGUUGCCCAGGUUGGUAGAAGGUAUUUUGACUGAGAAAUUUGACUCUAUUGCAACUAGUGGAACACAUACUGCUGCCAUCACAGAGAAAGGUGAGCUUUAUACUUGGGGCCGUGAUGAAGGGGAUGGUAGGCUUGGGCUUGGUCCUGGUCGAGGUCCAAAUGAAGGUGGCGGACUAAGUAUCCCUUCUAAAGUUAAGGCGUUGUCUGUUCCAGUUGCUGCUGUUUCUUGUGGUGGGUUCUUCACGAUGGUGCUUACUAAGGAUGGGAAAAUAUGGAAUUGGGGAGCGAACUCAAACUAUGAGCUUGGAAGAGGGAAUAAGAUAGGUGGUUGGAAACCAGAACCUAUCCGUCAUCUUGACGAUGUCUGUGUCACUCAGAUAGCCUGUGGUGGAUAUCAUUCACUUGCAUUAACUGAUGAUGGUAAGGUGCUGUCGUGGGGUUUCGGUGGGCAUGGUCAGCUUGGCCAUCCAUCCAACCAAAACCAGAAAGUCCCAGUAGUGAUCGAUGCUUUGGCCGAUCAGCGUGUUACCUACAUUGCCUGCGGAGGCUCUUCUUCAGCAGCUGUUACUGAUGAUGGGAAGCUCUACACGUGGGGAAACAACAGAGAUUUUCAGCUGGGAGUCGCCGGGCUGCCCGAAGUGCAACCACUUCCAGUUGAAGUGAAGUUUCUGAUGGAAGAUGAUGGAUUGGGGCGCCACAAGGUACUGUCCGUUGCAGUUGGUGCUUCUCAUGCAAUGUGUUUAGCAUUAAGGUCAGGUUGCUGAUAGAGAAGAUAGUCAAAAUAUUUCCCCUCGUUUCUUACAAGUUACAGUAGGUGACCACUUUUCAUGAAAUCGGCCAACGAAUGUUUUGGUUUCCAUUGAGAGUUUGUAUCGUUUUAGUGAAUUUCGUGUCUGCGAUCAUGAUUAGAGAUAUCGAAAGAUCCAAGGUGGUGGUAUGGAAAUGGAUGUUGGAACUUGGCAGUGAGUUCACUAUGUUGGCUGAAGUUAGCAGCAAAUAUUGUGCAGUGAAUUGAGAGACUUAAGAGAGCAAAACUACCAAUUAAGCACAAGAUGGGAAGCUGAAAAAAAAUAAUGUACAUUAUAAAAAGAUUUCAACUUC